UUUCAUUGUGGACGCAGUGAGUUAACAGAUAACAGCACUAAUCUGGAUCACGCAAAAUACAACAUAAACAAAAACUACAGGAUCAACAGGAGAAGAGAGACAACAUAAGGGGGAGUUAAAAGGGACUGGCUGCUUGACAUGGAGUGUCCACACAUCUGCAAUACAAUACUUUUCAUGAGGAUAAACUGAGACUAGGGCAGAAGUGAUACUUUGUGGCUGUUUUAUUCAUGUUUUUUUUAUCAAAAAUUUUAGAUAUUUAAUCAUUAGUGUAAUUUGGGGACCGGUAAAGAAGAGGAUCGCUUUUUUAUUUUUUGAACUUUUGUAACAAAAGAAAACACAUGUGGAAUGUGAUCGCACGUACUGGAUGUAUUUUGGAUUUAUAAAGGGCGCCGGGAGGCAGAGAGUGAAUUAGACACAGAGCAUCUGAAUCCCGCAUCUGGACGACAUUAUCAAAGUUAAAUAUGGGGAAUAUUGAGAGUGUGGACGGGCAAUCUGAGAUGAAGCAUCAUAUCAUGCCCUUGAAAGUUCCUAUGCCUGACCCAACAGAGCUGGAAGAAAGAUUUGCUAUAGUUUUGAAUUCUAUGAACCUGCCCCCGGAUAAAGCACGACUCCUCCGCCAGUAUGAUAAUGAGAAGAAGUGGGACCUCAUCUGUGACCAGGAGCGUUUCCAAGUGAAGAACCCUCCACAUACAUACAUCCAGAAACUACGUGGAUAUUUAGACCCCAAAGUCACACGCAAGAAAUUCCGCAGGAGGGUUCAAGAAUCCACCAAAGUCUUGCGGGAGCUGGAGAUUUCGCUGAGGACCAAUCACAUAGGGUGGGUUCGAGAGUUCCUCAAUGAUGAGAACAGAGGUCUGGACAUCCUGGUGGAGUAUCUGUCAUUCGCCCAGUGUGCCGUCAUGCUGGAUUUUGAAGGGCUGGAGAAUGGUGAGGACUUUUCGCUGGACAAGGUGAAGUCCUGGAGCAGGUCCAUUGAGGAUCUGCACCAGAAUGGCUGCAAUACGCUGGUUCGCUCUGCGCGGCAGUCCGUCCUCCGCUAUGGCUCAACUUCCAACAGCAAAACCAUCAAGAACUCCAGAUUGGUUAGUCAGAAGGACGACGUGCAUGUGUGCAUCAUGUGCCUCAGAGCCAUCAUGAACUAUCAGUAUGGCUUCAACCUUGUCAUGUCUCACGCACAUGCGGUCAAUGAGAUCGCCCUGAGUUUGAACAAUAAGAACCCAAGAACAAAGGCGCUGGUCCUGGAGCUGCUGGCUGCGGUGUGUUUGGUGCGAGGAGGCCAUGAAAUCAUCCUCUCAGCAUUUGAUAACUUCAAAGAGGUGUGUAAGGAGAAGCACCGCUUUGAAAAGCUGAUGGAGUAUUUCCGUAGUGAAGAUGGGAACAUUGACUUCAUGGUGGCUUGCAUGCAGUUUAUCAACAUUGUGGUUCAUUCAGUGGAGGACAUGAACUUCCGUGUGCAUCUACAGUACGAGUUCACAAAGCUGGGACUUGAUGACUUCCUGGAGAAAUCCAAGCACACAGAGAGUGAUAAGCUGUCGGUGCAGAUCCAGGCUUACCUGGAUAAUGUGUUUGAUGUCGGAGGUCUUUUGGAGGAUGCAGAAACCAAGAAUGUGGCCCUGGAGAAAGUGGAGGAACUGGAAGAGCAUUUGUCACAUGUGACAGAGAAGCUUUUGGAUGUUGAGAAUGAGACCAUGACGAAGGUGGCAGACCUGGAGAAGCAACUGCUGCACAAAGACAAGGAGCUGGCGGUCAUAAAGGAGACGUAUGAGUUAGCCAGCACACAGGUGCACACACUGCGGCGGAUGAUCCAGGAGAAAGACGCCGCUUUCCAGAGGCACAACAACAUUGAGAAGCAGCUGCUGGAGCUGGAGCAGCAGGGCACCAUCCGCUUACGCAAGCAGCCUGAUGGAGACAUUGCCAUCGAGACUCUGGGUGCUGGAGCAGUGACUGGAACUCCUCUGACAGACCUGAGAUCACUGACUGUAGGCAUGAGUACCAUUGGAGGUUUGGGUGGCCCUUCAGCUGCACCUGUAGAAGCUGUUGCUCCACCUCCACCUCCACCCCCGCCUCCACCACCCCCUCCACCUGCCCCACCACUGCCUUCAGAAGUUGAGUCUAUUCCUAUUCCUCCUCCACCUCCUCCACCUCUACCGGGACCAUCACCAUCGGUCAUUCUUAGUGUUGGAUUAUCAGCAAUACGCAUUAAGAAACCCAUAAAAACAAAGUUCCGCCUGCCUGUCUUUAACUGGACAGCAUUGAAACCCAACCAGAUCAAUGGCACCGUCUUCAACGAGAUCGAUGAUGACCGUGUGCUCGAGGAGUUGGAUUUGGAGAAGUUUGAGGAGCUGUUCAAGACGAAAGCUCAGGGUCCCGUGGUGGAUCUGUCAUGUUCAAAGAGCAAAGUCUCCCAGAAGGUCAUCAACAAAGUUCAGCUGCUAGAUGCCAAUCGAUCAAAGAACUUGGCUAUCACUUUACGCAAGGCCAACAAGACCACAGAGGAGAUUUGCAAAGCCAUUCAAACGUUUGAUCUGAAGGCUCUGCCAGUGGAUUUUGUGGAAUGCCUGAUGCGGUUUUUGCCCACAGAGGCCGAGAGUAAACUGCUGCGUCAGUAUGAGCGGGAGAGGAGACCGCUGGACCAGCUGGCGGAGGAAGACCGCUUCAUGCUGCUCUUCAGCAAGAUCGAGCGGCUCACUCAGAGGAUGAGCAUCAUCACGUUUGUGGGCAAUUUCAAUGAUAAUGUCAACAUGCUGACUCCGCAACUCAAUGCCAUCAUCGCAGCAUCAGCUUCAGUGAAGUCGUCUCCAAAGUUAAAGAAGAUUCUUGAAAUCAUUCUGGCCUUGGGCAACUACAUGAACAGCAGUAAAAGAGGUUCAGUGUAUGGUUUCAAACUUCAGAGUCUGGAUCUGCUGCUAGAUACUAAGUCUACUGACCGGAAGAUGACAUUGCUCCACUACAUUGCUCUGGUCGUCAAAGAGAAAUAUCCUGAACUGGCUAACUUCUACAAUGAACUGCACUUUGUGGAUAAGGCUGCAGCAGUGUCUCUGGAGAAUGUGCUGCUGGACGUGAAGGAGCUUGGUAAGGGCAUGGAUCUGGUCAGGAGAGAGUGCAGUCUGCAUGAUCACGCUGUACUCAAAGGCUUCGCCCAGACCAGCGAUACUCAACUGGACAAACUGGCCAAAGAUGCAAAGACAGCGGAGGAGGCCUUUAACAACGUGGUGCUGUACUUCGGGGAGAGUCCCAAAACCACACCGCCCUCUGUGUUCUUCCCAGUGUUUGUGCGCUUCAUCAGAGCCUACAAGGAGGCUGUGGAGGAAAAUGAACAGAGGAAGAAACAGGAGGAAGCCAUGAGAGAAAAACUACUCGCACAGGAGGCCAAACAACAUGACCCCAAGGUCCAGUCUCAGAAGAAGCGUCACCAGCAGCAAGAACUGAUCGCGGAGCUGCGCCGCAGACAAGCCAAAGACCACCGGCCGGUGUACGAGGGCAAAGAUGGCACCAUUGAAGACAUCAUCACAGUGCUGAAGAGUGUGCCCUUCACAGCCCGCACGGCCAAACGGGGCUCGCGCUUCUUCUGCGAUGCCAACCUCUUCGACGAGUCCAUCUGCUAGCCCCCCCAAACCCCCCCAAAACUGCCCCUAAUGCCGCAGAUCUCCGAAACCAGCCCUUCCUGCGAGCUGAUGCGGUCAUCCGGAACGGGUGGAAGCGACCCUAAAGACCCCUCACUCACUCACCCUCUACUCCUCUCCCCCUGCUUUCUCCUCAAAUGGCGUCUUCCUGCAAUUCACAGUGACCGAGGGAAGCACAGGACCAAACCACUGCCGCUGGUUUAAGGGGGAGGGCGGGAGUGGUAGAUGUUAUUUAUUUGUGGAAACUGCACUGGAGGCUCUUUACACUAAUGCCAUAAAAAGCAGACAUUAAUGGCCGUCCUCAUGAGCGAAAAUCCCGAGGAGCGUCACUAAAAGCUUGCGUUGGCACUGGGAAAAAAAUGUCUGUGGUUAAUAACGCAGAAGGCGCUAACACUAAUGUUAGCCUGCUGACCCUGAAGAGCCUUCCAUUGACGCCCAUUCAUGUGGAUUUCCUCUUAUUGUGCAAUGUAAGCAUGACUUUCUGUCAAGUGGGAGCGUUGAGGUCACUGACAUCCUGACCAGAGCCUGUUUGUAUAGUUUUUUAAAUUAACUAUGAACUUAAUCUAGUUCAGUUAGUAUUUUAACCCAGAACCAGUGCUACGAUUUCAAAGAAGUGCCUUUCUGUCGAGUCAGUAUUAUUUCUAAUAGUCAACAUUGAUGUAUCGAAGUGUUAAUCAUUAUGCUUUAUGUAAAUAUAAUAUGCAAUUACCCCAAAAAUGUAUUGCAGCUUUAACAGAAGAGCCUGAAUAAGAGCUCUUUGACUGACCAUGUGCCUUGUUAUUAAUGGUGCCUGUGUGUUCAGCUAAUGCGCAUGUGCCACAACAAAGUGUACAUAAUGUUAUAUCAUGCCAUGAAAAUGUUCAGAAUAUCCGUUCUUUUUAACCUACAGAUUUAUAAUGUAUAUAUAUGCUUUUUACUUUUUUUUUGAAGGGAACCACUCCAGGACUGUAAACAGAAUGUUUGGGUGUGCAAUUUGAAGUCAAACACUCUAAAUUAGUAGCCCACAUUGAAGAAUAGGUGGUUUUAAGUCAACAUUUUACAGUUGCUCCUCAUGCCCUCAUGUAAUUAUUAUACUCUUUGCACUAUCAAUCAAUGAAUUAGGGCUGAUUGUACAGCUAGUUACUCUGUCUGAAAAACUGAGCUCUUAGUGAUGCAUCUGAGGCUGUGCUUUAUUGUAAAUGUUAGCUUUAUUCUGCAUCUGAUUUUCUUUACAAUAUAGUACAGCUUCAUGUGUUUAUUGCUUU